AAUUCUCUCUCUCAUACACACACACAUUGCUGCUAUAUUUAUAGGGUUUCGUUCCCAAAUCUCCGCCCAAUGGCCGAGGUCAUGAACAUGCCCGUCGACUCCGUAGACCACCGUCGAGACCGCAAGGAGAACAAGUCCGCAGAAGACAAUCCCGAUUCACCUCCGCCACCACCGCGACGGCGAGAUAGGGACUCUAGAGAGAGAAAGGAAGACCGCGACACUGAUCGGCCGCCAAGAGGUCGCGGAGACUAUUACGAUCGGAAUAGGUCUCCUCCGCCUCCACCAAUUAGAGAGAGGGACUAUAAGCGGGGAAGGGGUAGCCCUAGCUCUCCUCCCCCUCCUCCGUAUAAGGAUAGACGUGGAGGCCAUUCGCCUCAGCGAAGGUCGCCUCCGCUUCAACCGUAUAAGCGGUCGAGGAGGGAUGAGGGAGGAUAUGAUGGGCGGCGUGGUAGUCCUAGAGGAGGGUAUGGACCUGGGGAUAGGAGGUUUGGAUAUGAUUAUUCGAAUGGGUUUGAUCGUGAUAUGGGAGGUAGACCGGGUUAUGAUGAAAGGCCUCGUGGUCGGUUUUUUGGCCGUUCGUCUGGUGGCUAUCAAAAUGGUCCAUCUGACUGGGAUUCAGGUCGUGGUGGUUAUACUGAUGCUCCCAAUGCAGGAGGCGCUCAAAGAGAAGGAUUGAUGUCUUAUAAGCAAUUCAUUCAGGAGCUUGAAGAUGAUAUUCUGCCUGCUGAGGCUGAGCGCAGGUAUCAAGAAUAUAGGACAGAGUACAUAUCAACUCAGAAACGAGCUUUCUUUGAUGCUCAUAAAGAUGAAGAAUGGUUGAAAGACAAAUACCAUCCUACAAACUUAGUUGCUGUCAUUGAAAGGAGGAAUGAGCUUGCGCGGAAGGUGGCGAAGAAUUUGUUGUUUGAUUUGCAGAGUGGAACAUUGGAUUUAAGCCCUAGUGUGAAAGCCUCAUCCGUAAACAAAUCAGGGCAGGCAAGUGAUCCUAAUUCUGAUGAUGACACAGAUGUGAAUGGCACAAGACGACGGCAUGGUAGGGGUCUGACUAAAGAAACUGAUCUUCUUUCUGCUGCUCCCAAGGCCCACCCAGUCAGUUCUGAACCAAGGAGAAUCCAAGUUGACAUUGAACAAGCACAGGCAUUGAUACGGAAACUAGACUCGGAGAAGGGAGUGGAGGAUAAUAUAUUAUGUAGGGUUGACAAUGACAGAAUGAGCAGAGAAAAGUCUCAUGUUGGUAACACUGGCCCAGUCAUUAUCAUACGGGGUUCAACCUCCGUCAAAGGUCUUGAGGGGACUGAGUUACUGGAUACACUUAUUACUUAUCUAUGGCGGAUUCAUGGAUUGGAUUAUUACGGAUUGAUUGAAACAAGUGAAGCCAACGGUCUCCGGCAUGUGAGAAUGGAUGGCAAGAGUUCUAACGUUACUAACAAUGGAGCCGAGUGGGAAAAGAAACUAGAUGCACAUUGGCAAGAGAGAUUGAAGGGUCAGGAUCCCUUGGAAGCAAUGACAGCCAAGGAAAAAAUAGAUGCGGCAGCUGUUGAAGGUUUGGAUCCAUAUGUCCGAAAAAUUAGGGAUGAGAAGUAUGGAUGGAAGUAUGGUUGUGGAGCUAAGGGCUGUACGAAGCUCUUCCAUGCUGCGGAGUUUGUCCAUAAGCAUUUAAAGUUGAAACAUCCAGACCUUUUGAUGGAGUUGACUUCUAAAGUGCGUGAAGAUCUGUAUUUCCAGAAUUAUAUGAAUGAUGAAGAUGCACCUGGUGGGACACCUGUUAUGCAGUCUAUACAGGUAUGA